AGAUUAUAUGAGUUUUGAAGAAUUUCUGACAGGAUUGUAAAUGUAUAUAAAAUGUUCAGAAGAUCAAUAAAUUAAAAAUUUAUUCAGAUUGUAUGAUUUACAAAAUCAAAAUGGCAUUGCAAAAACUGAUUUUUUAUAAAUGGUAUAUAAUUCUAUAUUACAUUUUUAGUUACAUAAUUAUUCUAAAGAAGAACUUAAAAUUAUUUUAAAUGAUUAACUAUUUUUAGAAGAAUAAUAAAUUAUAAGUGCUUAUUAACGUAGAAAGCGUGUUAAACCUAGAAAAGGUAGUGAAGAUUUUUUAAAAAUGUCAUGUAAAUUAUUUAUCUGUUUAUUUUUAGUGUAAAUGUUAAGAAAACAUAGUAAUGUAUCAGAAAAUAAAGAAUCCAAUCCAAAUGAUCAUUUAAAUAUUUAAUAAGGUGAUGGUUAAUAAAGUUUAAAUUCCAAAUAAUCAAUUGAUUAGAUUUUCACUUUAGAUAGUAAAGUGUAAAUAAAUGGAAUACCAAUAAAAGGAUUUGGGAUAAAUCUCUAAUUUUCAGUACUAUUAUAAUAUUAAAUUAAGGUAAAUGGAUAAAAGAUUGAAAUGUAAGCAAAUUUGAAUUUGUUAAUUAAAAAAUAUGUUGAAAUGGUUUAUAAGGCAAAAAAUGAUUUACCAUUAAAUUUAGAGGAUUUUACACUUUUUGUUAAACAUCAUCCUAAUUUGAUAAUGCCAUUGUAUUGUGUAUUUAAUUUUGAUGUUUGGGGAUUAUAGAAUAGUUUACCUAAAUAUAAGAGUUUGUAAAAAAUAUACUUAAAAAUAGACCAUUAGAUAUUUAAGGAGAAUUGUAUAGGAUUUCAAAAUAGAAGAAAAUAAAAACAAAAUUCUGUCAACUUUAUCCUAAUAUAUUAAUGGAAUUCUAGAAUAAAAAUGAGAUUAAACCGACAAGUAUGAAUAUUUAUGAAAUAAUUAGAAAUAAUUUGUUUAAGUGGAUUAAUAAUUGAAGAAAGAGUAGAUCAUAAAAAUUAAAAGUUUGGGUUUGAAAUAUUUCAUAUGAAUUAACAUUAUAGUCAUAAAAUAUAUCAUUGUUCAGAUGAAAUGUCAUUUAGAGAAUGGUAAAGAGCAUUAUCUUUAUAUUUUAAUGGUGAAGUCAAUAAAAAAUAUUCAAUUCUUGAUAAAAUAGGGGAAGGUAAAUAUUCAAUAGUUUACAGAUGUCAAGCUAAAAUUAACAAAUAAUUUUAUGCAUUAAAAGUAAUAAAUAAAAUGAAUCUUCCAUAAGAAGAAUAAGAUAUUGUAAAACAUGAAAUAAGUAUAACAAAAUUGUUAAACCAUUCUUGUAUAAUAAAAUUGAUAGAUUCAAUAGAAAAUAGAGAUUAAAUUCAUAUAAUUACAGAAUUAAUAGAAGAUGGAGAUUUAUUUGAUUAUGUCUAAAAUAAAUAAUAUUUAGAUGAAAAUGAAGCAGCUAUUAUAUUUAAUUAAUUACUUGAUGCUCUGUCAUAUAUUCAUUCGAUUGGAAUAGUACACAGAGAUAUAAAACCUGAAAAUAUUUUAAUGAUUUUAGAUAAGAAUUCAAUAAAAUAGAUAAAAUUGAUUGAUUUUGGUUUGGCAAAUCAUCUUUCAAAGAUUCAAAAAAAUAAUGAACAUUAAAAUUAUCAUUGUGGGACUUGUAAUUAUUAAGCUCCUGAAAUGUUAUAAUUUUAAGAAAUAACAUUUGCUGUUGAUGUUUUCGCACUUGGUGUUAUCCUUUAUUAUAUGUUAAGUGGAUACUUACCAUUUGAUUCUGACAUUCCAUAAGAGAUUAUUUAGAAUACUAUAGAUGGUAUAUAUAGUAUGGAUGAUUAUCAUUGGCAGUGUGUAAGUGAAGAAGCUAAAGAUUUAAUUGUUGGAUUAUUAUAAAAUUAGCCAAGUUAAAGACUUACUAUUAAAGAGGCUAAGGAACAUGUAUGGAUUAAAAAGAAAUUUGCUAAAAAUAAUAAAUUAUGA